AUGGUUUUCUGUACUGUGAAAAUUGGUAGUAGUAGUGAUGGACGAAAUGGAACGGAAACUUCUAGACGUGGUGACUCACUCAUCACUGAAAUAUGCGUUUUUGAGGUACUAUCGGCCGCGAAAAACGAAGACGAAGCCAUGAUGCUAACGUGCGCGAAGUUUGCCGUCGAAAAGCACAACAAGUUAGAACAUGCGAAUUUGAAGUUCGAGAGGGUGCUGAAAGCAAAGAAGACGAGGGCAAAAUCAGGGUGGCUUAUACAUCUCACCAUUGAAACCAAAGAUGGUAAUAAUAAUAAUAAUAAUGUGCAGAAAUAUGAAGCACAAGUGGCUAAGUUGUUCUAUCGAGAUUAUAUCUUCUUCUAUUACUUUAAACUAGUCCCCGAUAAUAAUGUGUCGUCGGCCCCACCUCCGAUGCGAGCGCUCUUCGUUUAA